UUACCCGCCUGGAGCCGGGAGGAGGAGCCUGUGCUGCCGCUGCCACCUCCACUUCGUCCCGGCGGGCGCUUGGUCGUCGGUCCUCGCCCGGGCCCAGCCGCGCUGCGCUCCUCAUGAGCGGCGGCGGCUGACGAGGCUUCGCCCCGAGCGGAGGUGAGCUGCACCACCUCCCUUUUACUCUGAAACCUCUGGAUUGAACUCGGAAAGAAUCUUCGACCACCCCUUUUUCCAGGUUCAAAUUACCAGACGUAGGAUUUCUUUUCACCAUUGAAGCAUUCUGGUUGAUCAUCCCUUCAUCCCUAAAUACCCUCCGUUUGACUUGCUAGUUUCAGAACCAUGGCAACAGAAGAAAAGAAACCAGAGGCAGAAGCCACAAAAACACAAUCUACACCUUCCUCAUCAACCAAUCAGAGCAAGCCUGCACCUGUAAAGCCAAACUACGCAUUAAAGUUCACACUAGCAGGACACACUAAAGCUGUAUCUUCAGUAAAAUUUAGUCCAAAUGGAGAAUGGUUAGCAAGUUCUUCUGCAGAUAAGCUCAUUAAAAUAUGGGGAGCAUAUGAUGGAAAAUUUGAGAAAACAAUAUCUGGACACAAACUGGGAAUCUCAGAUGUUGCCUGGUCAUCAGAUUCCAAUCUUCUUGUGUCUGCUUCUGAUGAUAAAACUCUUAAGAUAUGGGAUGUUAGCUCUGGGAAGUGUCUAAAAACAUUGAAGGGUCACAGUAAUUAUGUCUUUUGCUGCAACUUCAAUCCUCAGUCCAACCUCAUCGUUUCAGGAUCUUUUGAUGAAAGUGUAAGGAUAUGGGAUGUGAAAACAGGAAAGUGCCUCAAGACUUUACCUGCUCAUUCUGACCCUGUUUCAGCUGUUCAUUUUAAUCGUGAUGGGUCCUUGAUAGUGUCAAGUAGUUAUGAUGGUCUCUGCCGAAUAUGGGAUACAGCAUCAGGUCAAUGUUUAAAAACACUUAUUGAUGAUGAUAAUCCCCCUGUGUCUUUUGUGAAAUUCUCUCCAAAUGGUAAAUACAUUCUUGCUGCAACUCUGGACAACACUCUUAAGCUUUGGGACUACAGCAAAGGGAAGUGCCUGAAGACAUACACUGGUCAUAAGAAUGAGAAAUACUGCAUUUUUGCUAAUUUUUCAGUCACUGGUGGAAAGUGGAUUGUGUCUGGGUCAGAAGAUAACCUGGUUUACAUUUGGAACCUUCAGACAAAAGAGAUCGUACAGAAAUUACAAGGCCACACAGAUGUUGUGAUUUCAACAGCUUGUCACCCUACAGAAAACAUCAUUGCAUCAGCUGCAUUAGAAAAUGACAAAACGAUUAAACUCUGGAAGAGUGACUGUUAAGCCCUUUCAAUAUCAUGUUAGAGACUAUAUCAAGAAGAAGUAGAUCCUGUGAGGCAAGAAACUAAGAUAUUUGAGAAUGGUUUCUUGGCCUAAAGGGAAAAUCCCCUUUUUUCUUCCCUGGAAUGGGUAGCCUGGUGAGAAGAGGCAGUAUCUGCCUUAUUUGACAAAUGGAUCCUUUUCUUAUUUUUUUGUUUUUAAGGGGAAAAAAAUUUGCUUGUAUUAUUUACUAGAAGGUCCCAAAAGACUGGUGAUGCUUCUUGCCAACUCUCCUGAUUGUCAGAGGAAGAGUUUCAAUCUAUAUUGUGUAUAAAUCGAGUCAGCAAAAACCUGAAUUUUUAAUUUUUUAUUACAGAAGGAUAAAUUUCAUUUCAUCAUGAAUUUUUCCUCAACUAAAUGUUCUGUAAUUUUUAAAAAGUUUUCACUUACUCACUUCUAACUCUGUGACCAAAUACAACCAUGUAAGUUUUUGGCUUUCUAUCCCCCAGUUUCACUGACCUUGUAGUGAAAUAUCUUUUAAACUUCUGUAUAGUUUUACCUCUUGCUAUGUAUGUUUAAUAGAUACUAUUAUAUCACGAGUUGUCUACCUUUCCCCCCCAAACCAUUAAUUCCUUAGACGUUCCAGCACAUUUUGAAGUCUUUCUGGGGAAAAAAAAAAAGCAAAACAAAACAAAACUCAAAACAUUGUAAAGUUUUUCAAUGUAAAGACAAUUUUGUAUCUUUAAAGUUCAUAGUACGGAACUGUUAAUGGCAUGACUGUAUACUCAGCCUCAAUAUUUUCCCAUUUGUCACACUAUUGUUUACACAUCUGACAGUACCAUGUGCUGUAAUAAAAAGGUGGGAUUUUGUGUAAUGUGUGGCAGCUGUGUUCUAAUAUGCAGUGUUUGUGUCCAUUUAGUUUCUUACAUUCACAAGUGGCAAAAAACUCUUGACAAGACAUAAUUGCCCUAGCGGUUUAUUCAGUCUUCCUUUUUAACUAUAUUUAAGUGACAUGUAGCCAUAAACUUGUCUUUGAAGGGUAUAUUUCAAACUGUAUUUUGUACUUGUGAAAUAAUAAACAGGAUACUACAUCUCAGUGGAAUAGACAGGGAAAGAAGCCAGACCUCAAAUGCAAGAACUGACAGUAUGUUAAUUGCCAAAAUGGCUCCCAUUGCAGGUCAAAUUAGUGGUCACAUGUGCAGUUGAGUGUGACAGGCAGAACUACAAUUAAAUGCAUUGUCUGUCCUCUUACACUCAUCUAUCGGUGUUAGUCUCCCAACACCUUUACUAAAACAGAAAUGUCUAUUUAGAUCUAUUUGUUUUUCUCAAUUUUAAAAGGCUUAAAUUAAGGUCUUUGGUAGAUCCACUAAAUUUAUCUUGAAGAGAGAACAUGCUUAUCAAUAUGGAGUACCCAGUUUUCCCUGUUUGGGCACUAGCAUCCAAUACGUUCAGUGGCUUAACAACUUUCAGGAAGGCACAAGGUAUUAAGUUUAGGCUUCUCGUUUCUACGAUAGAAACAUAUAAUUGGAACUGAAUGAUGUGACUAUUUAGUGAGUUUUUAUAGCCUAAGCUGGAUUUUAACUUUCUUUACCUUUGUGAGACUUGAAAUCUUAGUCCUUGGAGAGGGAAUGUGAAGUGGAUACUUAGGGAAAACGGAGGUGGAGAGAACACAUUUGAACAUUGUGAUUUUUGUAAUGCUUGUAACCGUGACAAUCUCCUGCUGUUCAUUCAAAAAAAUUUUUUUUUUUUUUUUUUGGAAUCCUGAGGGGAGGGUGGGGGGCAGGCAGAGAGUAAGAGCGUCUUAGAACUAGCUGAGGAGGUCAGUAUCUUGCUUUCCACCUUGUUCAGAACCUGAAUGAGAUGUAUUACUCCAUGGAAUGCCACAAGCCAUUUUCUUGAUAUGCGCCUCUAUAGACAGUGUUAGUAUGAUUGCAUGCUGCUGAAGAGACUGAUCCUCGUCUCCUAAAGUCAUUGUUCUGUUUCUGUAAAACUGCCAGAAUGAAGCCAUGAGCUCAUUUGCAAUUGGUGCUAAGACUACCAACUGUGAUUUGAUUGGAUGAAGCAGUUGUAGCCUCUCCUGUGGACUAGGCUCUCAGAAUGUAGCACUCACUGAUAACUGGGCAACAGGGCUGACUGUAAAAUACAGUUUUCUAAAAUAUCUCCCAAUCAUUGGUUGCAGUUAUUGAGUAGAACAAUCAUGGAAGGUACUUGGAAAUAAGCUUCUGACACUUUUCUUCCCAUUUUUGACUCAUGUGUCUACAUUCACGUGUAUUGAUUAUCAGCACACGUGUAGCGGGUUGGCUUAUUCAUUCAGAAAGACUUUUCCAGCCUAAGGGUCAGAAAAAAAAUUGUAUAUAAGCCUAAUACAAAUGACUGAAAUGCAAAAAAAUGAGUUUCGGUGUUUGUGAGUCAACUUUCAUUUGAACCAAAACCAUGUUAGUUUUGGUUCUUUUAGGUAUUUCUGAAUUUUUUUGUUUGUUUGCUCUCCUGCCAUAAGUCACUCCUUGCAGGAAUGAGGUGAGCUGUAUACAUAGCUCCUAUCAUUGCAUAUAGUUUAUUUUUUCUAUAUUUGAAUUUUUUGUAGAUUUAUGUAAAAGCACAUGCCUUUUUUUUUUUUAAAGAAUAAAGAUUUCCAUGCCUACAAUGUGUCAGAAAUCAGUCAGUUUCUUAACAUACUUGAAAUUUCCAGUCUGUCUGGUUCCAUAUUUGUAACCAUGUAUUUCUUCUUCUAUUUUCUACCUACAUCCUGGCUUGAAACCCUCUGCAAUUCAAAACUUCUAGGAGGUGAAGGAGCUUUUGAAUAGAAUUAAAUAGCAGAAAGUUGGUCCACAUUUAUGAAGUGCCACCAUAUACCAGGCACUGUGCUAAGCAUUGGGAAUACAAAGAAGGGCAAAAGACAAUCCCCUGCUUUCAAGGGGUUCACGUAGAAUACUUUGCACCUUCCAGACAACUUUGCUAACAAAGCUUACUUUUCUGUUUUUAUAGGAUUUAUACUUUAAUGUAUGGAGAGAAAGAGGUAUGGGGCAAUGUAUCUUUUUGUUUGUUUGUUUUUUGUUUUGUUUUUAAUGAGGCAAUUGGGGUUAAGUGACUUAGGCAAUUUAUCUUUUUUGCAGGGGAUAAUCAAAUAGCAUAUUGCUGAAGUAUUUCAAUAGAAAAAUCCAUUUGGGUUUAGAAAAACUUGAUUGAUUUCAUAGACUGUCUUACUGUCAAAUUGAAGUGUAUUUACAAGUGAUAUUUUAAAUUUUUUCUUGGAUCUGCAAUUUUUUCUUAGAUUACCAUUCUUUUGUCCUAACCCCAAUUCUUUUUUUUUUUUUUUUGGCAGGGCAAUGAGGGUUAAGUGACUUGCCCAGGGUCACACAGCUAGUAAGUGUUGUGUCUGAGUCUGGAUUUGAACUCAGGUCUUCCUGAAUCCAGGGCCAGUGCUUUAGCCACUUCACCACCUACCUGCCCCAAACCAAUUCUUUAAAGUCCAGGUCAAAUGCCACCACCAAGAAUCAUUUCCUUAUUUUCUUCUACUCUCUACUCUUUUCCCCUCCCCCUGAUUGCUAAGUAAUAGUUCUCUCCUGAACUUAUUCUGGUAUCUUACCAUAUCUCAUUUUGCUUUGCAUUAGUUUGUGCUCAUGGCUCUUUACCCCUUUUAGAUUGAGCUCCUUGUAUUGUGCUUGAUACAUAGGCAAUUGAAUUUGAAUUUAACAGAUUAAGAAAGUUCUUCCUGAGUUCAAAUCCAGCCUCAGACUGUGCGACCUUACUGGCGGUGUCAUGUCACUUUGCCUCAGUUUCCUUAUUUGUCAAAUUAGCUGGCAAAGGAAAUGGCAAAUCACUGCAGUAUCUUUGCCAAGAAACUCCCAAAUGGAGUCAGGGAGAGUGGACACAACUGAAUAGCAACAGGCUCUGCUUACUGUUUGCUAGGUUCUGGGGAAGUUACAUAACUGGAAAAUGAUAGUCCCUGUUCUUGGAAUUGGCAAUAAUACUUGGGGUGGGCAUUGGAGAAUAAUAUGCAUGGUUAGAAUUUAAGUGAAUGUGAACAUUCAAACAGUGGCUUUAUGGUUGGUUCAAGUGGCGAUCAUUUCUACUUUGGGAGGAUUGAGAAAAACUCUUAAGAUGCUUAAUUUUAUUAAAUGUUAGGCUUUACGGGGAGGUUUCUGUGCAGGCAUUGGGAAUAAUAUUAAUGAAUGCACAGAGAUAGGUGGCAAAGAGGUCGGAAGGUGAAUGGUCCAGUUUGAUUAGAACAUAGGGUCUACAAAGCUAGUGGGUUAAUAGAAUGGCAAUUAACCAAGGAACCUAAUGUGACCUUAGGCUUCAUUGAUAGUGUCAUGGAAGGAGAGGGAGAGUGAGCAUCAAAAGAAGGCAGAACAUACACAGUUUAAUAUAGAAGUAGAUUCACUUCAUCAAGGAUACAGAUAAGAACAAGAAGAGGGGAUAGGGGAAUAUGAGAUGGUGGAUUCAGGGAAAGAUUAACCAUAAGCAAAAUGAAUCCUGAACUUGGAAA